UGGAUCCGUUUUCCGAUCGGACAGCUUUCGCGGCGGGACGGAUUCCUUUGACAUUGCUCAGAGGAGGAGGUGGGGACAGUGGCCGAGUUUCCAAAACCUGAAGGUUUAAUUGGGAAGACAAUUAGCCGACAGUACCAGGCUCUCUUGCUGUUGCUGAGACCCGUAGCGGAGUCAUGUAUCGGCGGCCGCUGCAGUCCGCGGUCCGACUCGGCAUCAAUGUCACCACGUCCAGAGCCGCCCUCGGAAAGAUCUCAGAACGGGAAGCUUUAGCCAGGGCGCUGUUGGCAUGCCAGCAAGCCAGAGCUUCUUCCAGCACUACAACACAAUGCCGGAGCCUCCACAACAGUCCCCAGCUCUUUAACGUGAAGGAGACUCCCCAGCACUCGGAGGAUGAGGUGGGAUCCUUCACAAAGCUCAUCGAGGCCAUGGGCUUCACCGGACCCCUGAAAUACAACAAAUGGAAAAUCAAGAUUGCUGCCUUGCGCAUGUACACCUGCUGUGUAGAAAGAAUAAAUUACGACGACUUCUUUGAAAGGUGCACGCUUCCAGACACGCUCAACUCGUGGUUCUUGAUAGCCCAGCUGCACGUAUGGAUGUGUCUGGUGCGGAUGCGUCAGGAGGGGCGCGAGGGGAAGUAUAUGUGCCGCUACAUCGUCCACUCCAUGUGGGAGGACGUGGAGCAGAGGUGCAAGAUCAUGGGGAUUGAUGCUUCUCACAGGAAGGAGAGUUUGAAGUCAAUGACGGAGACUUUCUAUGCUGCCAUAUUUGGAUACGAUGAGGGCAUCCUGUCUGACGACAGAGUGCUGGCUGCAGCCCUGUGGAGGAACCUGUUCAACAGAGAGUGUGAGGACCCCCGACAGCUGGAGCUCAUGUUGGAGUACGUCCGCAAACAGAUGCAGUACAUCGACUCCCUGGACGCGGAGGACCUGCUGCUGACCGGGGAGGUGAAAUGGCGCCCCAUGCUGGAGGAGAACGCGCAGAGCAUCCUCAAGGUGGCCACGCCCACCUACAACGACGCCGGCCUCUGAGGCCCCGCCCACUCCUCUCUCUCCUCUGCAUCUCCCAACAUGUUUCUUCUUUGUUUUUUUUCUUUUCCCCCCCCCCUCUAGUUGCAUUGUAGACAAUCGCCAUGGAGAUCUGAGGAUACUGUAGUCCUAACCUUCAAUUGUGUUCCCCCCCCGCCCCCUCCUCCUAUCGGGAGGUGAGAGAGGAGUUUUGUUUAUUUUCUUUAAUCCUCCUCCUUUCCUCACUCCAUCCUUCUAGAGUGAGACACUCAAAGGGACAUCUCCCCCCUCCUUUCUUUAUCUUCUCCAUCGCAGGCCUAUCCCAGGUCCAUAACCCCCCCCCCCCACUCAGCUCGGAGAGAAAAAUCUCAGGCACUCUCUCUCGCUCUCUCUCUCUCUCUCCAGACUCUCACCCAGUGACCUUUGCCCUCCCCACCAAAAACAUCCCUUUGGCCCCACCAGGCAAAACACGCAGACCCCCCCCCCCCGGCGCGGUUUCCUGUGAGUUCAGAGAGCUCUUCCUGUUUACAAUAGUACCACUUCCUGUCUAUGGAGGAAAUAAGAACGGAUAGACACACACCAAGGAAAGACCUCAAACUGCUUCUGUGUAUUUAUAACGCUCACAUUCUCACCUGAUGCAUGUCCACAUAAUUUAUAUAUUUUUACCAUUUGUACGUACUUCUCAUCUUACUGCUAGAACUUUACAUUGAAUCACAUUCUCAAGACUUGCAGAGACGACAAACCUCAUUGGGCCCGGACGCAAUAAUAGAGAUUUCAAUCAGCAAAAGCUGUUUUUAGGUUCAGGGGUCGUCUUUGUCGCGUCAGAGAGCUCAUGUUCCUCAUCUCCGCUCCUUCUCUUCGUGUGUGUGUGUCUCUCUCUCUCUCUCUCCCCCUCUCCAUCACCUGUUCCUUGCGCCUUCUCUCUGAACUGUACAGGAAAGCUUUUAGCCGACCGUUCCCCACAGACCAUGUUUAACAAUGAGGUUCUCCUUGUUUUAAAAAAACACUUAAUAAAAAUGUUUCUCCAGACGA